UCAUUUCUCUGACACUGUUCUUCAUUCAGCCUCUUCGCGUUCCAUCCUGAUUCUGGUCUAUUCUUGGAUUCGUAUUUCCAUCCUACCAUACAAGAUACAGUAUACAGCCUGUGGUAGCCCUAAUCGAUGCUUCGGGAUCGGUCAUAGGUCAUCGUGCCGGUCAUCUUGCCGGGCAGAAGCACCAUGCAGGUGUCAUCAAAUCCUGCAGUAUAGUGGCGUGCGACGGUCAUGCUGACUAGUGAGGUUAAGCUUACAAGGCUGACUGGAAAAAUGAGGACAAGAGCCCGUUAAAGUAGAUCUCAUGUUUUAGAAUUCUUUUUCCCACCUUUUUGUUUCUCUUCAAUCUUUGAGCCAUACAUCUUUCAAUCACAGUUCUCGCAACUUCAUUUGCAUAUUCAAAGAUGGCUUCUACUUCUACUUCUAAUAGCAGCUUAGCAGCAAAGGAACCCUUCGUGAGCUCCGAGCCCGAAGAGACCCCCGCCGAGAACACCCAAACCGCAGUCCCAGAAAGUUCUCUCCUCGCCCGCUCCCAAAUCCUAGUCAGCCAUCUCAUCGUGGUAAAUGGAUUUGGCUACUUCUCCUCCUUCGGUAUCUUUCAAUCACAUUGGAUCGAUACCCUCGGCCGCUCCAAUUCCGAUAUUUCAUGGGUCGGAUCACUGUCCCUCUUUUUACUCUUUUUCUUGGGCACCCUUUCGGGCCCGAUCAUGGAUCGGGGGUAUUUACGCCACUUACUUGUAGCAGGAUGCGGAUUUCAGAUUCUGGGAGUGUUUACCACCUCCGCUGUUUCGCAGUACUGGCAGCUUGUGCUUUCACAGGGCAUUGUACAGGGAAUUGGAAAUGGAUUACUUUUCACGCCAUGCAUCGCCCUUGUUUCAACUUAUUUCACAAAGCGACGAGCUUUUGCACUCAGUCUGGCGGCUUGUGGGGCACCGGUUGGUGGUGUUGUGUUUCCCAUUAUCGCGCAACAGCUGUCGCCGAAGAUCGGAUAUCCCUGGGCGAUCCGGGUAAUGGGGUUUAUCAUUGUCUUUGACUCGUUGCUCAUCGUCCUCCUGGCCCGACCACGCCAGUUCAAGCGUACCAAGGGGCCAUUGGUUGAUCCAAAGGCGUUCAAGGAGCCAACGUACCUGUUCUUUGCAAUUGGUAUCUUCUUCACUCUCUGGGGUGUCUAUAUUGCUUAUUUCUACACGACCACCUUCGGCAAAGAAAUCAUCGGCAUCUCCGAGAAUGGCUCCCUCACCCUCCUCAUGAUCCUCAAUGCCGUUGGCGUGCCAGGCCGAAUUGUCCCCUCUCUCUUAGCAGACAACUACUUCGGCACUUUCAACACCCUCCUCCCCUUCGUAUGCGCUGUCUCCGUCCUUCUAUACGGCUGGAUUGGUGUAGACUCUACGGGUGGCUUCUACGGCUUCGUCGUAAUCUAUGGUAUCUGCGCAAAUGCAGUACAGACACUUUUCCCCUCGGCAUUGUCACAGCUUACCACAGAUCUCAGUAAGGUUGCUUCCCGGGUCGGAAUGGUCUUUACGGUGGGAAGCUUUGCUUGUCUUACGGGACCGCCGAUUGCAGGGGUGUUGAUCAGUAAGAAGGAUGGUGAUUAUUUGUGGGCGCAGCUGUUUGGGGGUACUUCUGUUAUUCUUGGAUUUGUGCUUUUAUCUGUGGCGCGGUGGAUGAAGGGGCGGUCUUGAUGUGUAUUCUGCAUAGACUGGAUUGUUUGGCAUAGAAGGCGGAGAGUGCUUUUUCGUGAUUUUGGUAUUAUUGGAAAAGCAUUACAUUGCAUAGAAUAGAAUGUUCCCGACACGAUCUUCGUUUUGCAUAAGUAAGCAUAUGCGUUGU